AACUUCCCCCAAAUCUCCAAAAUUAGGGUUUUCUCAUUCCCAAAAUCGCCAAUUUUCGUUCUAAUUUCCCAACAAAAAUCAUGUCAUCAUCAAAGACAAUCGUGUUAAGAAGCUCCGACGGUGAAACAUUCGAGGUCGACGAGGCGGUUGCGGUGGAAUCUCAGACGAUCAAACACAUGAUCGAAGACGGUUGUGCUGACACCAGCAUCCCGCUCCCUAACGUCACGAGUAAGAUCCUUUCGAAGGUUAUCGAGUACUGUAAGAAGCAUGUGGAGACUCCCAACGCUGAUGAGAAGGUUGCGGAAGAGGAUCUUAAGUCGUUCGAUGCGGAUUUUGUGAAGGUGGAUCAGAGUACUCUGUUUGAUCUUAUUCUGGCUGCUAACUACUUGAACAUCAAGAGCCUACUGGAUUUAACCUGUCAAACAGUUGCUGACAUGAUCAAAGGCAAGACCCCUGAAGAGAUCCGCAAGACAUUCAACAUCAAGAACGAUUUCACCCCAGAAGAGGAAGAGGAGGUUCGCAGAGAGAAUGCAUGGGCUUUUGAGUAAAUUAUCCGGUUUUUAAUUGUCUGUUUCGUGUUAAGUGUUCUUUUGGGUGUCACUUGUAUUAUAAGAACCACGAACAUCCUUUAUGUGGCUGGGUACAUUUUGGCUUUUUAUGGGUAUGUAUUUUGUCCCAUGAUGUUUGGAAGUUGCAAACAAGUGUCAUGAACUUAUGAUGAAUUUAAUCGCAACCCUUUUGACUCUUUCUUUGUUUUUA